UGGAAAUAGAUUUCUUCACCGGGUUAAAGGUCAAUAAAUGUUGCGUUUCGUCUUCUAUGGCGGGAGGUAUAGUUUCCUGAAACAAUUGAAUCCUAUCACGUUAAACCCUUUCAGGAUGCAACGUUCUAUUGCGUCAUUUUUCUCGUCGGGACCAAAAAAGGAUGUUGGGAAAUCAGCAGAAAAAUCGCCACUGAAGCAAGCCAACGUUUCUCCCUCAAAGCUUGAUGACUCGCCGGUAAAGGCGCCCUUACGUAAGCGAGCUCGAAUCAUUGAGAGUGAUGAGGAGGAAGAGAACAAUUGCAAGGCUGUUAGUCCUGUGAAGAACGCCACGGCAACCGAUGGAAAGGCGGCGGAAGGGUCUGAAGGCCUACAGUCUCCGGGGCAACGGCUUGAAAAGGUUAAUUCGAGCAAUGGUACCAGUCAGGAUUCUGGCGUGGGUUUCCAGUCCCCAGGUGUGUCAACCACAUUCACACCUGUCAAGUCACCAUUCCCACCCAGGAAGACAGCUCGAAAAAGCAUAGGUGGAAGUGCACGUAAAAAGAUUCCAACCACAAUUGCUGAAAGGAAAGAAGAAGACAUGGUCACAGACGAUAUCACUGAAGGCAGUAAGACUGCUGACCAAGUCACAGACUCUGUGGAGAAAGAUAAUACUAAACCUGAAGAUACAACCAAAAUCAAAAAGGAAAGUGCAGUAAGUCCGGAAGGAAAUAAAAAUGCUGCUAGUGAUAAAGAAAAGCAGGCAACAACAGAAUGUGAGGUUUCAGUGUCAGAGGAAAUGAUGGAGGAAGAUGAAGAGAAUUCAAAAGGCCACCAGAAAAAGAGUAAACCUGGUAAAGGUGUCUCUACUCCUAAAGGACAGAAAAAGAAAACUAAGAAGGAAGAUGAAUCCACCAAGGAGAAGAAAACAAAGUCGGUUACAGAAUCUCUACAAGACAAAUGUGAAGUUUCCGUGAAAGACGAACCUAUGGAGGAAGAUGAAGUUGAAUCAAAAGGCCACCAGAAAAAGAGUAGACCUGGCAAAGGGGUCUCCACCCCUAAAGGACAGAAAGGGAAGAUUAAAAAGGAAGAUGAAUCCCCCAAGGAGAAAAAAACUAAAUCGGCUACACCCAAGUCUGCAGAAAAAGGAGCGAAAAGUCCGGAGAAGAAAGUCACAGAAAAGAAGACUGCCAGUAGUUUCUUUUCUCCAAAAGCAGAAAAGAUAGUGGUCAAGGAAGAACCUAAGGAAGAAUUGAGUGAAGACAAACCUGUAGAGAAGAAGCCAGUUGUGAACCCCUUCGCUGCCAUGAUGGGCAAGUCUAAGAAGGAGGAGGAGAAGGAGGUGGACUAUGACCCAACACGCAGCAGCUACCACCCCAUAGACCAUGCCUGCUGGAAACACGGAGACAAAGUUCCAUACCUAGCUCUCGCUAAAACAUUUGAAGCCAUAGAAAAUGUCUCAGCAAGAUUGAAGAUAGUAGAAAUCCUAAGCAAUUUCUUCCGCUCAGUGAUAGUGCUCUCCCCUGAUGAGCUGUUGCCCUGUGUGUACCUGUGUCUCAACAAGCUGGCCCCAGCUUAUGAAGGCGUCGAACUGGGAAUUGGAGAGACUGUGCUUAUGAAAGCUAUUGCACAAAGCACUGGUCGCAGUAUGGAGAAAAUCAAAGCAGACGCCCAGGAGAAAGGAGAUCUAGGAAUAGUGGCUGAGAACAGCCGCAGUAACCAGAGGACGAUGUUCCAGCCAGCCUCACUCACUGUGCCCGCUGUGUUCCAAAAGCUCAAGGAGAUUGCAACCAUGACCGGCAAUUCUGUGAUGUCAAAGAAGAUCGACAAGAUCAAGGGCAUGUUUGUGGCGUGCCGUCAGUCGGAGGCCCGAUACCUGAUUCGGUCUCUUGGGGGCAAGCUCCGUAUUGGCCUGGCUGAGCAGAGUGUUCUGACUGCGCUGGGCAAUGCCAUAUACCUCACACCUCCCGGACAGAAAUACCCACCUGAAGUGCUAAACGCUGGCAAGGGAGUGAACUCAGAAACAUUGAAACAAAAGAUGGAGGAGUCAGCUCUCAUUAUCAAGACAACAUACUGUGAGUGCCCCAGCUAUGACGCUAUCAUCCCCUGCAUACUGGAACAUGGUAUAGAGGAGCUGCCCAACAGGUGCAAACUCACACCUGGCGUCCCACUGAAGCCAAUGUUGGCCCAUCCAACGAAAGGCAUUAGUGAAGUUCUAGCAAGGUUUGAGAACAACCACUUCACCUGUGAAUACAAAUACGACGGUGAACGUGCACAGAUCCACCUGCUUGAGGUUGGCAGUAUUCACAUCUACAGUCGUAACUCUGAGAACAACACGAGCAAGUAUCCUGACAUCAUCUCACGGCUGCCCAAGUGUCUCCGGGAGGGUGUGAAGUCCUGUGUGCUAGAUACAGAGGCGGUGGCCUGGGACCCGGAGCACAGACAGAUCAUGCCCUUCCAGGUCCUCACUACACGCAAACGCAAGGAUGCGGACGCCUCUGAGAUCAAGGUGCAGGUGUGUGUGUAUGCCUUCGACCUGCUCUACCUCAACGGAGAGUCCCUGGUGAGGCAGCCAUUCCGACGGCGUAGGGAGCUACUGCGAGAGUCGUUCCAGGAGGUGGAUGGAGAGUUUAUGUUUGCCACCUCCAUGAUCUCCUCUAACACUGAGGAAAUAUCAGAGUUCCUGGAGGAGUCCAUUAAAGGUAACUGUGAAGGGCUGAUGGUAAAAACACUAGAUGUGGAUGCCACCUAUGAGAUUGCCAAGAGGUCACACAACUGGUUAAAGGUGAAGAAGGAUUACCUGGACGGUAUGGGAGACACCCUUGACGUUGUGGUGAUGGGAGCCUAUCACGGCACAGGCAAGCGGACUGGCAGAUAUGGGGGGUUCCUGCUGGGCUGUUAUGAUGAAGAGAAUGAGGAAUUUCAAUGUAUAUGCAAGAUUGGUACAGGCUUCAAGGAUGAAGAUCUAGAGCAGCAUACUACGUUCUUCAAGAACCAUGUAAUAGAAAAGCCCAAGUCCUACUACAAGUGGGACAAGUCGGUGGAGUGUGACCACUGGUUUGAUGCUGUACAGGUGUGGGAGAUCAAGGCAGCCGACCUCUCUGUAUCCCCUGUACACAGGGCGGCUGCGGGACUGGUUGAUCCAGAGAAGGGAAUCUCACUUCGGUUUCCACGUUUUUUAAGGAUCCGGGAUGAUAAGAAACCCGAGCAGGCCACAUCUGCAUCUCAGGUGGCAGAGAUGUACCGAAACCAGUCGCAGAUUCAGAACCAAAACAAAGACAAGAACAAGGCAGUUGAUGACGAGGACUUCUAUUGAUACAAGGGGCCUGAAUGAAGAAGACUUCUAUUGAUACAUGGGGCCUGAAUGAAGAAGACUUCUAUUGAUACAUGGGGCCUGAAUUAAAUGUGUGUGUGUUGAAGAUGGAAUAGAUCCGCUGUUGACUUAACAUGAAACAAGUAGCUCAAAGAAAUUCUUUUUCGUACUUUGAUCAUUAUGAUAUAGGAUUUUGCAAUUAGAUUUAUGUUGAGAUUUCGAGUUAAAUUAUGUAUGUAAAGUUACAUUUUGUUCUUAUUGAUAUUUAAUGUUAAAUUUAAGAGCGUAUUUUCUUCUCUGCUUUUUUAAUGUUUUAUAAAUGUCUUUUGUAUAGAGAUAAAUUUCAUAGAAGAUAUUUUUACUCCAUUUUGCUGAACAUUACUAGCAAUGAAUUAUAUGAUGUUCAUUUGAAAGUCUAUGUAAUAUAUAACGUCAUUUAUGAUAAAUUGGCAAUAUAGGUGUGAAAGAUUUGUGUUUCUUAAUAUUUGGGUUUACUGUUUAAAACUUACUUAUUUAAUUAUGAUGUCAGUGCUGUUUUGUAGUUUAAUUUGUCAUGAAUAAAUAUAUAAUACCCA